GUCACUGCUGUUGUGUUGUGUGUGGAGAUCUCUCAGAAAAGCAGCCCCUGAUCAUGUGACUCCUCCUCCUCCAUGUGACUGAUCACAUGACGGUGACAUCAUCGCAGGUCCUGUAAGCACAAGGCUCCUCUACAGAUACAGGUUUCUAUAAGGUGUCAGGACGUGGCGGUCUAUUUCUCCAUGGAGGAGUGGGAGUAUGUAGAAGGACACAAGGAUCAGUACAAGGAUCAGGUGAUGAUGGAGGAUCAGCAGCCCCUCACAUCACCAGUCAGAUCCAGUAAGAGAACAGCACCAGAGAGGUGUCCCCGUCCUCUUCUCCCACAGGAUGAUCAGGGUGAAGAUCCGAACAAUAUUAAUGCUCCAGAGACAGAUGUGAGCGGUGAUGAGCAGUAUAAGGAGGACAUUACUACAGGGAAAGAUCUGAUCUAUAGUAAUACUACAGACUUAGGGGAAGAAGAAGAGACAGAUGUGAGCAGUGAUGAGCAGUAUAAGGAGAACAUUCCUACAGAGAAAGAUCUGAUCUAUAGUAAUACUACAGACUUAAGGGAAGAGACAGAUGCAAGUGGUGAUGAGCAGUAUAAGGAGGACAUUCCUUCAGGUAACCACCCAGAUUCUUGUAGCAGGAGAUCAGAGGAGAAUCUUAUAUCUUCAGAUUAUAAAGCAGAUGAUGAUAUCACACAAGAUACAUAUGAAGAACAUUCCAUUAUCCCAGAUACACCCUCAGCCCUUCACAGCCAAGAUCUGUCAUCUCAUCCUUAUAUACAGGUCCUGUCUUCUCAGUCAUCACAGGAUGUUAAGGAAAAAGAGGGUCAUAGAAGGGGUGUUGGACAUCAACGAGCUCAUACAGGAAAGAAACCAUAUUCAUGCUCAGAAUGUGGGAAAUGUUCUAUUAAGAAAUCAGUUGUUAUUAAACAUAAAAGAACUCACACAGGGGAGAAGCCAUUUUCAUGUUUACAGUGUGGAAAAUGUUUUACUGAAAAAUCAAAUCUUGUUAAACAUCAGAGAACUCACACAGGGGAGAAGCCUUUUUCAUGUUCACAAUGUGGAAAAUGUUUUACUGAAAAAUCAAAUCUUGUUCAACAUCAAAGAACUCACACAGGAGAGAAGCCAUUUUCAUGUUCACAAUGUGGGAAAUGUUUUACUGAAAAAUCAAAUCUUGUUAAACAUCAAAGAACUCACACAGGAGAGAAGCCAUUUUCAUGCUCAGAAUGUGGGAAACGUUUUACUUGCAAAUCAGAUGUUACUCGACAUCAAAGAACUCACACAGGGGAGAAACCAUUUUCAUGUUCAGAAUGUGGGAAAUGUUUUACUGAUAAAUCAAAUCUUGUUCAACAUAAAAGGACUCACACAGGGGAGAAGCCAUUUUCAUGCUCAAUAUGUGGGAAACGUUUUACUUGCAAAUCAGAUGUUACUCGACAUAAAAUAACUCACACAGGGGAGAAACCAUUUUCAUGUUCAGAAUGUGGGAAAUGUUUUACUGAUAAAUCAAGUCUUCUUAAACAUCAGAAAACUCACACAGGAGAGAAGCCAUGUUCAUGUUCAGAAUGUGGGAAAUGUUUUACUCGCAAUUCAAGUCUUACUAAGCAUAAAAGAACUCACACAGGGGAGACGCCAUAUUCAUGUUCAGAAUGUGGGAAAUGCUUUACUCAUUAUACAAGUCUUUAUAGGCAUAAAAGAACUCACACAGGAGAGAAGCCAAUUCAGAACAAUAAAUGAUGCAGAUAACACAUCUAUAUAUUAUCCAUGUACAUAGGAUAUCUGACAUUUAUACAUAUAUCAUAUACUGCAUCUCCAAACUUGUUCCCAAUCGUUCUUUUUAGAAGACCCAACAGGCAUAAUCCAUGGGGAGCUGCUACUGGAGACCCAAACACCUCACAGAGAAGGGACUUAUUCCAGUGAUGAAGAAUUUCAGGACGGUCCGGGCUUCACCUGCUGAGACCCUUUUAGAAAGGUUGUGUUAUCCCCGAUCCUAGCUGAUCAUGUGGCGUCCGAUCACUGGACACCUCAGUCUGUGCUCGGCUGUUUCUGCAGCUCCCAUAGUGAAUGUACCUCCUCCCUACCUGGGGACACUGGGGUCCCUGUUA